GUCGCCCUGCGGUGGACAGUUUAUGUGUUGAGAUGUGAGGUCGACCACGCCGACGUGUUUUUGUUGUCUUAACUCACUUCUUAUCAGAGCCUGCGGGUCGAGGUUUGGACCGUCAGUGCAGCAGCAGCAGCAGCAGCACUCGGCUAGGCCUGAAUCCAUCUCGCAAACACUUAUGGACUUUGAAAAACAAGCCUAACAGUCCCCGGAAUCGCGUGUGAAUGGAGCAGUGUGCGAGUACGGCCUCCCUGCUGGCCUCGGUGCGGGAGCAGGAGAGGCAGUUUGAGAUGCUGAGCCGAGCUCUGGAGGAGGAGCGGAGGUCGUGUGCCGGCACCCUGCCCCGCCCCCUCCCCAACAUGCAGAACGGUCGCAUUCCUUGUGAUGCAGACAUAGAGAGGCUGACACUGAACGAGGGUUACAUCAACGGGACACAUCAUUUCAGGAUGGAGCCUGGCCAAGUGGUGCAGGAGACCUACACGGUGGAGGAAGACCCCCAGGAGUUGCCACCUGUUGUCUCUGUGGAGACCACUGAAGAUGGGACCACGCGGCGAACAGAAACCACGGUUAAGAAAGUAGUGAAGACAACCACCACUCGCACAGUCAUCCCCUCCGUGUCAGACACCCUUUCUCUGGACGGUGGGGGUUCAGUGACCGGUAUGGGGGGUUACACUACACCCAUGGACCGGGUCUACAGGCAGGUUCCCGGAGGUGGCAUGCCAAUGGACUACCCCACUCACACUGUGCCCCGCAACUACCACUAUGGACCGCCAGGGGGCUAUGAUGACUACCGCACUGGGCCCCCAUCUGAUACCUACACAAGCCUCAGCAGGGGAGCUCGCAUGGAUGAUCGCUACAGACCGGUUCAUCCAGAUGGUUACAGAACUCUGGAUCCAAGCUACCGAGCCCACAGCAGGAACCAGCUAGACCCCUAUGCUGCUCAGCCACAGGUUGGGCGUAUGGGAAGUGCAUUGGAGCUGUCCUCCAUCCCAAGGUUUGUCCCAGAGCCGUACGGUUUGGAGGAUGAUCAGCGCAGCAUAGGUUAUGAUGAGCCUGACUAUGGCAUGGGACACCCAAUGCACUACAGCACCGUGCCCCGCAACCACCAUGCAUUUGCCCAUGGGCCACCACGCAGGGCUGGGAGUUACGAGGGCACCUUGGACGGUGACAUGAGCGGUCCAGGGGACAUGUACUAUUGGGAAAGAGGAGCACCGCUGGCCCAGGGUGAAAGAGGUAGCAUGGCUUCAUUGGACAGCACUCUAAGGAAAGGUCCGGGCCCCAGUGGUUGGCGUCAACCUGAGCUGCCAGAGGUCAUCGCCAUGCUGAACUACAGGCUAGACCCCGUCAGGAGCAACGCAGCUGCGUACCUGCAGCAUCUCACCUAUAAGAAUGAUAAAGUGAAGUCUGAUGUGCGUCGUCUGAAAGGCAUCCCAGCGUUGGUCUCUAUGCUUGACAACCCAAACAAAGAGGUUCACUAUGCAGCCUGUGGAGCACUAAAGAACAUCUCGUAUGGCAAAGAUCCAGACAACAAGAUCGCCAUCAAGAACUGUGACGGAGUGCCGGCUCUGGUCAGGCUGCUGAGGAAGACCCACGACCAGGACCUCACUGACACCAUCACAGGGACGCUGUGGAACCUGUCGUCUCACGACUCAGUGAAAAUGGAGAUUGUGGACCAUGCACUGCACGCCCUCUGUGAUGAAGUGAUGGUGCCCCAUUCAGGCUGGGAGCGAGGGAGCAAUGGAGCAGGAGGAAGGGAGGAAAACUGCAAGCCCAGACAUCUUGAGUGGGAGACGGCCCUCACCAACACAGCAGGCUGCCUGAGAAAUGUGAGUUCAGAGCGAAGUGAGGCGAGGAGGAAGCUGAGGGAGUGCACAGGAUUGGUGGAUUCACUCAUGUACAUCGUCCAAUCCCAGAUUGAUUGUAAAGACGUCGACAAUAAGCUGUUAGAGAACAGCAUGUGUCUGCUGAGGAACUUGUCCUAUCAGGUGCAUCGUGAAAUCCCCGGCUAUGAGCGCUACCAGGAGACCGUGCCCCUCAACCAGGGCACCGGCCCCUCCGGCCAGAAGGGCGGCUGCUUUAGCUCCCGCAAGAACAAAGAUGAGUGGUUUUCCAAAGGUAGGAAAGAUGAUGAUGGAGCUGCAGACACAAUAGACAUUCCAAAGAGGACCACACCUGCUAAAGGCUAUGAGCUGCUGUUCCAGCCGGAGGUGGUCCGUAUCUACAAUUCUCUGCUAAAGGAGUCCAAGAACCCCACCGUGCUGGAAGCCUCAGCCGGAGCUGUUCAGAACCUGUGUGCCGGACGCUGGACUUAUGGGCGAUACAUCCGUGCCUUGCUGCGCCUCGAGAAGGGUCUACCCAUGAUAACGGAGCUGCUGGCCCACGGCAACGACCGCGUGGUCCGCGCCAUGUCUGGAGCCCUCCGCAACCUAGCCAUCGACGCUCGCAACAGAGAUCUUCUAGGUAAACAUGCAGUGCCUCACCUGGUGGCCAACCUGCCUGGCGGCGGUCAGAGUCAACCGGUGCGAGCACUUUCUGAAGAGACGGUGGUGUCUGUAUUGAGCACGCUCCAGGAGGUGCUGGGCUCCAGCCUGGAAGCAGCCAAGACCCUCAGGGCCUCACAGGGGGUCGAGAGACUGGUGCUCAUUAACAAGGACGGGAAUCGCUCUGACCGGGAGGUGCGUGGGGCCGGCCUGGUGCUGCAGACAAUGUGGGGGUGCAAGGAGCUGCGGCGCACUUUAGAGAAGGACGGCUGGAAGAAGUCCGACUUCAUGGUCAACCUAAACCCUCCCAGCAACACCACCAGGGCCAACGGAGGAUAUGAGGACAGCACUCUGCCUCUCAUAGACAGAGGGGGCGGCAAAGGGGACCGGGAAAUGAUUCCAAUGAAUGACUUGGGACCAGAUGCUUACUCCACACUGGACCAGAGAGCAAGAAGGAACACUCUGGAUAACACGCUCGAACCUGCUGACAAAGAUGCCGUACAGGGAGGGAUGUAUGGGGAGAGGCAGGCCUCUUUGCCUCUCAUGGAUUCUUACGAUGGUUAGGCUACACCCACUGUCACUGCAUGUCGGCGCAUGAAAAACUGAUUGUGUGCAUCACAAGACGACAGCCUCCUCCCACGUACUGCCCUUGCUGAACUGACAAUGGGGGACCACUACACUACCGAUGGGACUAAAGCCCAUCUUUAACUUCUGUCCCCCUUCACUCUUUUGCAGCUUCUCUUCUUUCCCUCUCUCUGUUACAUUCCUCCAUUGCAGCUGACAAACUAAUGAAACCACAUGGGGGAACAAGUGACAGGGAUCUACGCUCCCUGUGGACAAACCGGACGAGACACUAUGACCACUUUGUGCUUUGCGAGUCCCUGAACUCCAAAACGCUAACCACUCGAUCAGAUACUGUGGCCACAUCACUACAUCUCCACAAAACACUACGACUUGCCUGGACAACACUAAUUCUGUCUUCGAUUAUAAGCAGACUAUGGCUUCAUUUGAGAACUUUUCUAUUUCUUGGAGGUCGGAGCUACGACUAAUUAAGCUAAUUAGAAAGAUCAGACCUGUCGGGAUCAGAACGAGACGUUUUACAUAAAUAAAUUUUACAUAAAUGGCUAUUACACUAUGUUUUGACAAAAUAGAGGGAAUGUCUAAUUUUUUUCCUCUUAUAUUUAACUACUACAAAAAAUUUCCUACCACUAAGAACCAGUUUAAUGAUCUAAUCAGAUGUGUAAAGCUUCUGCGUGCUUGUUCCUCUUCUUGCUUUGCUUUGUACCACAGUAUUGUACCUGUGCCAAAUGAUUCUGCUACUGCCAGUACUGAACGCAAGACCCUCCCACACAGACUCUUUACAGCAUCUACACUGAAAACUGUCAUCUUUGUUUUGUGCGCAGUUUGUAUCGUUGACAGUCCAUUGGGAAAAUGCAUUUUCUGUUUCUGAUUGUGAAGAUAGAUAGAAAAGGGCGGAGGUCCUAGUGUGGAUGUUCCCACAGACAGAAGUGGAGCAGACAAAUUAUUCUCCAUCUCGUUGACAGACAGUGUAAUCUGUCCUGUUUCUAAAGUCAUGUUUCUGUUAAAUGUAACUUUGUAAUCCUUGGGAGAUCUUCGAAGAUUCAGUGGGUGCAUUUCCUUUUUACCUGCAGGUCUGUAAUCUUAUGAAUGUGUACAUACAAGACUCGUCUCUAAUAGCAUCUGUGUGGGCUAACUGGAGUGCCUCUCUCAUUCAGGACAGGUCUGAUGAGUUUGUCCCACGUGACAUAGGUAACCAAUCAAGGUCUUUUUUUUCAGCAUGUUACUAGUUGGGUGAUAAUGUAUAUGGAACUCAACAGUUUUCUAUUCUGCAAGAUAAUUGAAUAUGUGAACUUGUAUGUAAGAGUUGAUUCCUGUUGUUGGGAUUGGUUUUUUUAUAAAAAGGUAUAAAACUCUUGAGUUCUGUAUAAUGUACUGCUUCAUAGCCUACCGACUUUAACACUACAGAACAGUACAUGGGAGAAGACACAGUAUUGUAUGUUUUGCCCGCAUUUCUUUAAAACAGCGCUUGUUCUGUAGAAGAAUGCAUAUUAGUGCCGAGUGAGAUGUAGAUACUUACUGAGUGGAUGAUUAAAAGAAGCACUAGGGGGUAUAAUGUGUUUCUGUUCUUUUUUUUUUUUUUACCUUUCCUUUGUUUUCCAUACCGAAUUGAAACUGACAGAGGAUGCCUCAUUUUCUCAAAGUAACAAGUUGCCUUCAAGAGAGGACUGACCAAUAAAGGAGAGCAAGGGUUUGUGGUAGAAUAUCUCUGGAGGCAUAGACCAGAAAUUGCUAUUAGAUAAAGUGGAGAAAAGCACAUUUAAACUAUAUAAGAGAAUAUUUGUUAAUUUUAAUGGUUUAUGUAUUUCUUUUUUUAUAUUGAUUUGGGUUUAAUUGUAUUUGGGUGCUCUGGGUGAACGCAUAUGCAAUCAGUUUAUGUUUUGAAUUAAAACAUUCACUUUGUCUUGAUUAAAUGCAAACCAAGUUAGCUAAACAAAAUCCUCCAUCGCUGUCCUCAGAUACUGGAACACUAAUGGUAAAAUCUGAUUCUGGACUACACCUUAAUCUCUUUGCCUUGGCUCUUAAAAGUUGCACAUUCUCAUUUAUGGAUGACUUAUGUAACUAGCAAUACUGUUUUUAAUAAAAAAAAAAA